GUGCACUUCAUCUCAGUUUCCAUUUUUAUCAUAUUCAGUUCCGUAUCGGUUUACAUUCAGGGAUAAGAGGGAAACGGAAAGAGCGGGAUAGUAGUUGGUAAGGUGUAUGGGCUUCAGCACUUGCAAUGAACGGACAGAAGCCAUCCGGUGUUAAAGAGGUCCUCCCAAAAGCUGGACUUGUGGUCAGCGAGAAGGGCAACCUUACAGAAAUCCUUUGCAAGCCCAAGCUUAUGCCAUUAAAGUCAAUUACCUUACAGAAGCUUGAAGAGAUGGAGUCCAAGAUUGCUGAGAUAUCUAAGCAACAGCAGAACGCCCAGCGCCCAGGGUCGGCAAGGCCACGUUCCUCGAACAACGGUUUCUCCACCUUCUAAUGUUAAUAGGCGCCUAUUAGCAUUGACAUUUUAGCAUCCUAGCCGUUCUAGCAUUUGUAAGAAGUCAGCAGGCCUCUAAGAACGUAGUAAGAAAGCCACGCAACAUGGGUAAAGGCGAACGCCCGGAGCAUAUGGCUCCGCCAGAUAUCUUCUAUAACGAGGACGAAGCUCGCAAGUACACCACCAACAGCCGCAUGAUAGCGAUUCAGUCAACGCUAACACAACGCGCGCUGGAGCUUUUAGCGCUCCCUGAGGAUGGCAUGCCGCGGCUGCUGCUCGACCUGGGCUGUGGCAGCGGCUUGUCCGGGGAGGCGCUCAGCGAGGCGGGGCACGUCUGGGUGGGGAUGGACAUCAGCUCAGCCAUGCUCGACGUAGCGACAGAGCGGGAGGUGGAGGGCGAUCUGCUGUUGGGCGAUCUGGGUCACGGUCUGCCGCUGCGGCCGGGUGCCUUUGACGGCGCCAUCAGCAUCUCGGCGGUGCAGUGGCUGUGUAACGCGGACAGGACAGGGCACGACCCCAGGAAGCGCAUGAAGCGGUUCUUCGAGACGCUGUACAUGAGCCUGCGGCGGGGGGCUCGCGCGGUGCUGCAGGUCUACCCGGAGAACCACCAGCAGGCGGAGAUGCUGGUGGCGGCGGCCAUGAAGGUUGGCUUCUCCGGCGGCAUGGUUGUGGACUACCCGCAUUCCACCCGCGCCAAGAAGUACUUCCUGGUGCUCAUGGUGGGCACCAGCAGCGUCGUGCCACAGGCGCGGGGGCUGGACGGCAGCGAGCCGGAGGACGAGGAGGAGGCGGGGCAUGUCAAGGUCGCCGGUCGAGACCGGAACAAGCGGCGCAAGACGGGUAGCGGCUCGAACACCAAGGGGCGCGAGUGGGUGCUCAAGAAGAAGGAGCAGAUGCGCAAGAAGGGGUACGACAUUGCGCCUGACAGCAAGUACACCGGCCGCAAGCGCAAGCGGAUUAUUUGAGGACGUGUUAGUCUGGCGUGUGCCGCAAGCGCGGUACGGUUAGGGCUAUAUAGUGGCAGGGGCAGGGUUCAGCCGUCAGCGAGACGGGUUCAGGUGCACGUGGGCCAGUAGGGAUGAGGAGGCUCUGGACGGUUUCGGCGCUACCGGUAUGUGAAACAUGCGGUCGGUUGGAGUGGGACAACGUUGUACCGGUAUAUCCGUUCCAGCUGGACAGCUUGCCAGCAAUGUGCUGCCAGCUAUGCUUGCGCGCCGGGCCCCACUCCACUUCUCGCCACUACGCCACUGCUGUACGGCCUGCUCACUAUGUGGUGUAGUUGCUGUUGUCACUUGGGUGGUGGUAGGGUUAGCACGAUGUAGCAGCUACGGCCGCGCCCGUUUGGUCUGGGUCCAAGAGUCAUUGUUCCGUAGGGAGACUGGGAUGAUGAGAUGGGCUAUGUGGAAUGGUAUACAAGGGGCGGAGGCCCUGGCUGAUGAAUGGUUAUUGGUGCGAAAGCCACCGCUGCGGCUUCGGUCGCCCUUCCGUCCUCCAUUUGGGGUGAGGGUGAGGGAAAAGGUGUGUCCUUUUCGACACAAGAGGCUGCGCUAGCAUGGCAUGAGCGGCGGUGACAGUGGUGAUAUGCGGUUUCAUGGUGGCGCUGAUAAGCUGUAUACACUACCGGUGUCCUAAUGUUCCACCGUGGCCACGGAGGGGGCUGCUGGGAAGGCCACUACGUAUUUUUCUUGCGCCACGGUUUCCAGCGGAGGUCGUUUGGCAAGGAUGGGCCACUCUUGUUUGUAGUCGUUGGUUGCCCUGAGGGACGGUGAAGGUGGCGGGUCGUGAACUCUGCGUAGGUUGUUGGAGACGGUUUUUUACUAUGUAAGCGUUAUGGUGGUUGUACAUCAUUUUGUCAAGUCCUGACAUUAGGCUGGCGUUGCCAUUGGACGACAGAGGCGUCGGGUUUCUUUACGCAAAAAAUUACGAACCCGCAAUGAGGGAAGGUUGGGCGCGAAGGGGCGGGCAACAAUU